UUAGCAUCGAUAAAUUCUCAAAUAUGGAACAAGGUAAUUAUCAGAGAGUAUCACUCCCAACACAGUCAAGUAUUAAUGCCCAGAUGGUGUUUCUCUUCCAAAUAUUGUCUACUCAAGAUUGGGAAGAAAUAUAAUGGUACCAACAGACAGAUAAACAGAGAGGCAAGCAUGAGCCAGUUUCUCCACCCAGGCAAGCAGCAACUGUAGGACAACCUGUUUUAUUGGACAGGACAGGCGCUGGCAUCCUGGGGCUGCCUGCUCACUGCUGGCCUUUCACAGAGCUGCCCUUUUCAUCCACACGUGUUAAACGCUCUGCCGGAGCGGGGGAAGGUGGGAGGGAGGGAGGCUUUUGGUGAGAACAAGGGACAGAAAGGAAGAGCUAGAUGGGGUUAGUGAGAAGGGGAGCCUACAGCUGUUUGAAAAGUGCACACUGCUCUUUCAAGAUAAGCCUUUUUUCUCUGGUCCUCUUUCUCUAUGUUGCAAAGAUGCUCACCCCUGCCCCAAGGCCCUGUUCUUUUCUUCUGAGUUGGAACUAAAAGUCCCCAGGCAUUCAGCAGAUAUCUGGAUGACAUCAUCAGCUACAGAUGGGAGCUUGAAGAGGGGAAGCCCAACCCACUUCGGGAGGAGUCCUUUGAAAACUUGCCCCCUCGCACUCAGGUUGAACUGCUGCACCGUCUCUGCGAUUAUCGGCUGGAUGCUGCUGAUGUCUUUGACCUGCUGAAGGGUCUGGAUGCAGACAGUCUGCGGGUAGAACCCCUUGGGCAAGAUGGAAAUGGAGCCCUCUACUGGUAUUUUUAUGGCACCCGUAUGUACAAAGAAGAGAUAUUCAUGAGAAAAGUGGAGAAAAUCAGUGAAAAUCCUGAGUUAACAUUAACAGAGAAAAAGAAAAGAGGAAGACCACCAAAGAAAAAAAGAAUGGAAGACUCUGAGCUAAGUGAGGCAGAAAGUGAAGAGGAUACAGAAAAUGGAAUGGAAGAUAUAGCUCCUGCGAAAGUAGGUUGUCAGCGAGGUACCUGGUCCCUUGUGUGCGAAACAGAAGAACAGUGGGUUAACUUGGCAGAAAGCAUUAAGGAUAAACUGUCUCCCCAAGACCGGCAUCUCUACCGUGUCAUCAGCCAGAAUUUUCUGCCUGAGAUACGCAGCAUGAUUGAACACAAGGAGCGCGAGCAGAAACAGAAGCUUGAGGAUCCAACUCCAUUCCGUGCAUCACAGCGUUUCUCUGAAAAACACAUGAGCCAAGAGGAGGAUAAUGUGGAUGCCACAGUUGAGUUUGAGAAGCGAAAUGAUGAAGAGCUGGACAGGCAGGUCUUGCUGGCCGAACAGAGGCGAGAAGAAGAAAGGCUUCAGCAGGAACAACGACAGCGAGAGAAAAUGGAGAAGAUCAAAGCUGUGGAAGAGCGGGCCAGGAGAAGGAAGAUGCGAGAGGAAAAGGCCUACCUGUUGUCUGUAGGAAAAGACCUACCACCAGAACUUCUGAAUUUAGAGCCGUCUUCACCAGUUCUCAGAACACGGACUACUAAGGAAUUCUUUGACAUGGAAGAUGACUACACAGGUCUAUACAAAGUGCUGGAGGCCUUGAAGGCUCAUAAAGAUGCUUGGCCUUUCUUAGAACCUGUGGAUGACUCCUAUGCCCCCAAUUACCAUGACAUAAUACAGACUCCCAUGGACCUUUCCACCAUUGACAGGAAACUCAAUGAUGGCGAAUAUGUUGCAAAGGAGGAGUUUAUUUCUGAUGUGAAGCUCAUAUUUAAAAACUGUAUUGAGUACAACGGAGAAGAUAGUGAAUACACUGUAAUGGCACAGUCUCUCGAACGCUGUUUUAACCGGGCCCAAUUAAAACACUUGCCAUCAGAGGAGGGUGAUACUGAUGAAGAAUUCUACAUCAGCAAAGAAGACAAGGAGCGCAAGGAGAAAAAGCGAAAUCGUAGCAGUAAACAUUUGGGACCUGAAAGUCUAAUCAAGGCGACUCAGGAUGUUCAGCGUAAACGAAGUGUGCAGGGAGGCAAAGGCCAAAUGCUGUUGGAGGACAAGGUCCUCAAGCCAGUUCGACCACUUACACAUUCUCAUUGGGGCUUUCCUCCAAGCCAGCAACACCGACAUGGCGACAUCAAGGGCAUGUACCUUCCAGAACAAUGGUUACAUCGUCCUCAUGGUCCGCACAUGUAUGCUCAUAGAAUGGGCACGGAUCCCCGUUUUGCCUUCCCAGGUCACAUUCCAAGGCAUGGAGGCCCUGGCUUGACUCGUAUGCAGCACGACUUGAACAUGCAGCAUCCUAUGGGCCAUAGGUAUCCAAUAGGCCCUGAUGGUAACCAGCCUCUUCCCCAGCAGCAGCACCCCUAUAUGGGUCCAACACAUGGCCCAUCUCUGGGCCCCCGUCCAAUGGCCCUUCAACUGAGACCUCCUCCUGAAGCCAGCAUAUACCCAGCCCAUUACCGUCCAGAGAGCCACACGAUGCACCCAAUGGGGAACCAGUUGUCAGGACCUCAACAGCACAAUUACACAGGCAUGAGCUCUCCUGGUAUGGUACGCUCUAACAUGUGGACUAGUUUGAAUCACCACUGUCCAGAGAGACCUAGUGGAAUGCACAUGCAAGAAGACCCUAGUUUGGUCAAUCAGCACAACCUGAGUUAUGGAGGAGUGCCACCUCCAGUGGGACAUAAACCAUGGCCGGAAGCUGCCGGAUAUCCCCAUCCUCCUCUAAAUUCACAAUAUCAAAAGUCUGCAGCAGUGGCCAGCCCCCCAGGCUCUGUGCAGCAACGCCCUCCCUUAACCCACCCGGACCCCUCCACCAAGAUGCGGUUAGCCUCUAUGUUGGAAAGUCCAGAAAUGCUAGCUCUACAGCAGCUGUCUGCCUCUUCCAGACCUCCCGUUGGUUCCCCCCAUCGCGACAUGGGCCACUUUCAACAGUCCAAGCCCCCCUCAGGGGUUGGCAGCGUCCCAACUUGUCCCUCUCAGCAGCCUCCCCCAGCCCCUGAGGUUCAGCUGCUGCGUCCUGCUGGAGACAAAGGGCCAGACAGCCAGUCUUCCCCACAGACAGACAUUCAGCCCAAAGGACCACCCGAAAACAAAGCGAGUAUCAAAGACAUUUCCAAUGAACCUCCUUCAUCAGAGAACACUGUUUCAGUUAACCAAGAGCACCCAUCCAUUCCAAACCCUACUCAACACCACAGUGGGCCAGCAGAGGGAUUGCACAGCCCUCAACAACCUCAGGAAAAUGUGCCUGGAGAAAAACUGAAGUCAGAGAGUGGAGCAGAGUGCCUUAUGCAGGAAGUAGGUGGCCAACUUCAAAAUAAUGGUCACACUUCUGUGCCCUUGCACUUCCAUGUUAGUAAUAAGAAUUCUAAGAAUCCAUAUCCACUUACCACUGCUCAGCAUGCACAGAGCAGUCCUCUCCAGAGCCCUGCACUUGUUCAGCAGUGUGCGUCACCAUCUUUGAAUGCCACAUCCGACUGCAACUCGCCACAACGGCAUGAGCAGAAUGUUCGAAAACAACACCAGCAACAUCCAACCCAAGAAAUUUUAAAUAGGACAGCACCUCACAACCACUGUCAGCACUCGCCUCCACAGAUGCCCCUGAAUAUGACACAACUCCAAGCUCCACAUAUCACGCAAAGCACUCAGAGCAACUCUAUACGUAGCAUUUCACAUGGUGUCUUACAGAGAACCCAACCUGGACCCCCUCAUCCAACCCCUCUCACCGCUCUGCCACCCAGCCACCCUCCUCCACAUUUACCCUCCCAGCCAAGCCCAGCAGAGCAUGGAGAUCAAACACCGCGCGAACCUGCAAGUUGGCGAGACACCGAAGGUCCACAUGCAAUGAAAUUUGACUUUUCUAAUACUGCUUAUAAACAACAGCAGGCGUUUAUUCCAAACCAUCACAGAACCCAAACGGUGGGCAGUAAUCCAGGUGUGCAGGCAGAAAGCGUGCGAGCACCUCCUCAUAAUGCUGCCAUGCCUCCUCAUUCCCAAGAAAAUGGAGACAUGGGUCCAUACACCAUAGAGAACCCUCCACAUCCACAGUAUAGCCAGACAAGCAUGAGCAGGCAUUCUUCACAUCACCCUUAUUACAUGCAGAACCUCAACCCCCUCCAGAGUACCCAAGACCAUUCCAGGUACCACCAGCAACAAAGAACUGUGUAUUCAAUUCACAUGCCUGGCCCUCAGCAUCUCCAUGCCCACACCAACAUGUACCCGCCACCGCCGUUCCAGCAGGAACAGUAUUACACCCGACCGCAGGCCCAUAAUUUUGUUAACAGUAGAGGUGCUUAUCCUUCAGAGGGUUGGCAGCCAUCUCAUCAGCCCAUGCUGCCUACAACCUACCUGCCCGCAUCCAGUGCAAAAGGAAACAAUCAGGCCAAUGAGGGGUGUGUGUCACCCAAAGCCUCUGAGGGCUCCGCUAUAGUGAGUUUGUUGUCCCCCGAAGCCGGGUCAGUCUCUGGAGGCUUGGAGGAGAGCAAAUGGGAAAGCAGAAACAGUGGAAGUGAUAGCCCAGCCAAACGCAGUCGCACUAAGGGGAACUUGGAGCAGCCUGACAGUCCAAAAGAAAUCCUGGACCUUGAUAGCCACAACGCCGCCACUCGCCGUCAUAGCAACCAGUCGCUCGCCUCCACUGCACACAUUCCUCCUGGCUUUAUGUAUGACACCCGCACUGUGCGCCCGCCAAUGCAUCCAGGCGGUGCUCCACCGUCCCACUGUGGAGUUGGGAGUGGAGCCCUUUACUCUAGACCACCAUACCAAGAUGCAGGACGAUUUAGUGUGCAGAGACCUCACCCACACCUGAUGGAAGCUCUUCAGCGGCCCCAGCAGUUGCCUCUCUCCCCUGGUCAGAUGCGCAUGGCCAUGUACCCUCACUCUGGUGGCCACUUUCAAAGUGUGAUGAUUCAGCAGAGAGGCUUGGCAUCUGAAAAUGUCCUACACCCAGGGCAACACGUGAUGACUGCACCGGGUGGAUCAAGCACCAAGCAAGCGUAAUGAACUGAACCAAAAGAAAGACAUAGUGACCCACCUGACAGACAGCAGAGGGCAUGAUUUCCAGCUUGCAGUCUACAGCAACUUGUUUCACAUUUGUCAUCCUGGCUUUCAAUUUUGGUUGGACUGAAUAAUCAUAAUACUAAAUUCUACUGAGCCCUUGUGAACAAAAGUGUAUAGAUUACGGAUCUUUAAAACUACCGUUGUUGGGAAACACAACAGUUGUGGUCGUCUCACAACAUCUUCCACUUUAUUGCUUUUUACCAUUGGUCUGCCCUGUCCACUGUGAACAAUCAAAAUAUAUACAGGGAGAGGGGCCAAGCCUUUUUAUAUUGUGCCAUUAUCUACUGACUCAAAUUGUUAAAAACUCAGGUACUGUAAAGGAAGAAGGCGGUACCGUGAGAGGCCUCUCUGACCAAGACAAAUUCCAGGUCCAGUUGUCUUGGUUUCUUUUUUUGAAUGUACGAGUGAAUGUUUCAUCGAUAAGCACACUCGCUGUGAAUGAGAGUCAAAGAUUCUGGAUAAAUAACCUAAUUAUUUGUACUCACUUAACCAUUUCCACCCAGACACAGAGUUUUGUGAACUAACCCUCAAGGAAAUACACUAUUAAUAGCGCCUUCACUGGUGAGACCGUCCGUCUUGGGCAAACAAAGACAACGCCGCUUGUAUCGGCUUGUACCUGAUUCCAUUAUGCACUGUGGCUUUCUUCGACUAAAUCUCCUGAAACUGA